UCAGUCGCCUGACAGGGGCGCCAAGAAAGUGCAUCAUUGUUGCAACGCAGCGCAGCGCCUUCACCCUGUGUGAAUGAAAUCGGAGCUGGCGAUGCCUGGAUUUGAUUUUCCAGCUAUUUUUAUUGUUUAAUCUGUGAAUGGCGCCUAAACAGGACCCUAAACCUAAAUUUCAAGAAGGUGAACGAGUGCUGUGCUUUCAUGGGCCAUUGCUAUACGAAGCUAAGUGUGUAAAAAUCAAUAUCAAGGACAAACAAGUGAAAUACUUUAUUCAUUACAGCGGAUGGAAUAAAAAUUGGGACGAAUGGGUUCCUGAAAGCCGUGUGCUCAAAUAUGUGGACAGUAACCUGCAGAAACAGAAAGAGCUUCAGAAGGCAAACCAAGACCAUUAUGUUGAGGGAAGGAUGAGGGGUGUCGCACCAAGCAAGAAGAUCGCUGCUGUGCAGCAAAAAAAUGUAGAUGUAAAAACCAAAAAGAACAAGCAAAAAACACCAGGGGCUGGAGAAGGUACCAGCACUGGGGACAUGCCUCACCCCCCACGCAAGAAGAGGGCACGUGUUGACCCAACUGUGGAGUGUGAGGAGACUUUCAUUAACAGAGUAGAGGUGAAGGUAAAAAUUCCUGAAGAGUUAAAACCAUGGCUGGUAGAUGACUGGGACCUGAUUACUAGACAGAAGCAGCUCUUCCACUUGCCUGCAAAAAAGAAUGUGGAUGCUAUCCUGGAGGACUAUGCAAAUUACAAGAAAUCAAGGGGCAACUGUGAUAACAAAGAAUAUGCAGUGAAUGAGGUCGUCGCUGGAAUCCGUGAGUACUUCAACGUCAUGUUGGGCACACAGCUUCUCUACAAGUUUGAGAGGCCGCAGUAUGCAGAGAUCUUGGCUAAUCAUCCAGACACAUGUAUUUCUCAGAUCUAUGGGGCACCACACCUACUAAGGCUUUUUGUGAAAAUUGGAGCAAUGCUGGCCUACACACCUCUGGAUGAGAAGAGUCUAGCCCUACUUCUCAGCUACCUGCAGGAUUUUUUAAAGUAUUUGGUGAAGAAUUCAUCUUCUCUGUUCAGCGCAAUUGACUAUGAGGUUGCACCUCCAGAAUAUCACCGCAAAGCUGUCUGAGGGCAAAGCCAAUGAGGAUUCAUCAGUCCUGUGGAAGAUUUUUAGUGCACACAACAUCAGUCAAUAAAAAGCAGGUUCAUCAUUUGGUUAUCUGUAAACUAAGGAUAAUGUCUAUUUAUCUGGUAUUCCAGAUAAUCUGCUGGGAUUCUGGAUUAAUUCUAAAUCUUUUUGGAAAGCUGCUGGUAAUUGUUCCCACAUUAUUGAGGCAUAUUUUUGGUUUAUGUAAUAUUGAUAAACAGAACCUAGUCAUAUAUUGUUGAAAUGUUGCAUCACUUGUGUUUUGGUUACCCUUUUUCUUUUUUACAUGUCUGUCAAUAAACUCUCCUCGGUUAUGA